GGGGGCGGGGGCGUCAGUAUGGUUGGCGGAUGGCCGCCACCUUGUGGUUGGCAUGUGAUAAUGAGCGCAUGCUCCUAAUCUAGCAGGGUGACAGGCAGCAGGAGUCGGGGAGGUCAACUGGAAGAUGGCGGUCUCCGGAGGUCCGGCCGCAGGUAUUGUUAGGCAGCUGCUUGGAUGCUUCCUGCGGGCGGAACACACUCUUCUGCGGGCCCUGGGGCUGCAGCCGCCGCUUCCGGCUUUGGCUACCGAAGCUCCAGUAAUCUGUCCCUCUGAGUCAGCAGACUUUGAUGGAGCUGACAAUGUGCCCAGUUUUCUGGAUAGCAUUUUCUGGAUGGCCGCACCUAAAUCUAGAAGAACAAUUGAAGUGAAUCGCUGUCGACGAAGGAAUCCUAAUAAACUUAUAAAAGAAAAGACCAACAUUGACGUGUGCCCAGAAUGUGGGCAUGUGAAAUUGAAACACUUACUUUGUGGAUUCUGCUAUGACAAAGUUCGCCGUGAGACUGCCCUGAUCAGGCAGGAAAUAAAAGCCAAAGAAGGUGGACCCUUUGGAGCCCCCACUGUGGAGACCCUGGUUCUCUAUGAAGGUGAAAAGCCACAUCCAGAAGAUGAAGGGAAGAGGAUAAUAGAACGGAAACGUAUACGCCCUUCUUGGUUCACUUACUGAUCCCAACUCUUUAUCUGCUAUGCAGUAUCACAAUUGUCUUUGAAAUGAACUUGGCAGGAUGGAGAACUUCACACACAUCUCCAACUAUUUCCAGCUUUUCUUUCUUUUUUGCUUGUCCAACCAAUAUUAUUAACAUGUUGAAAUAUGUGGUUCUUGGUGCUCCAUCUGUCACUAUAGUAACCUUAGGUCUUUAUUGUAAGUAUCUUAAAAUUAAAGAAAAUCAAAUUUUUGUUAAAUUUA